AUGACAAUUAAUCCCAAGCCAGAUUUUCCUUUUUUUCUCUAUUUUUUCUGCACUAUUUUUACUUUAGAAAAUUUUCCAAAAAAGUUUUUCAACAAAUUAUUUUCAAUUUCUCUCCAUUUUUCCAAAAUUUUGUUCAAAACAAUGACUGAUGUACCAGAAAACGCUCCAGAAAGCUGUCCCGGCACUCAAAGCGAAAAAGCAGGCAAAACAUCAGCAUGUGCUGGGUGUCCAAAUCAAAAGGCUUGUUCAACUGGUGUUCCACAAAUUGAUCCAGACAUUGAUUUAAUUAAAGAAAGGAUGGCUUUUGUUAAACAUAAAAUUCUUGUAUUGAGUGGAAAAGGUGGCGUUGGCAAAAGUUCUGUAACAACUAGUUUGGCUUAUGUAAUGUCCAAUUUGACUGGGAAUGAUGGAAAGCCUUUAAAUGUUGGCGUCCUCGAUAUAGACAUUUGUGGACCUUCACAAGCUCGAAUGUUUGGCUGUGAGAAUGAAAGCGUUCAUAGUAGUGAAGAAGGAUGGGCACCCGUUUUCGUGAAAGACAAUCUUUUUGUGAUGAGUAUUUCUUUUUUGGUUGAAUCGAGGAAUGACGCGAAUAUACCGUUUAAAUGGGUAUCCUUGUUGGUACUACUGAAGAAAAGGGUGCUUUUUCUGCGGACUUAUUUUGCGGACUUUUCCUUUCUUUCUUUUUUAAUGUUUUCUUCAGUAGUACCUCCUUGUUUAUUUUGUGGUUGGUCUCUCUCUUGUUCAAUAUUGAGUUGAAUUUUUUUUAAGUUGUUA